CCAAAACAUAGAAACAGAAAACAUAGAAAUAAAGACACUGGAAUGCCCACCCUAGUCUCACCCUGGCCUAACUAAAAUAGAGAAUAAAAGCUUCUCUAUGGCCAGGGCGGUACAAUAGGCAGCAGCCUAUAAGGUGCAGCGUUGAGUUACCGGGUUGUAAAUGGCUAGUGACAGUGACUAAAGUUCAGGACAGGGUACUGGGCGGAAGCCGGCUAGUGGUAACUAUUUAACAGUCUGAUGGCCUUGAGAUAGAAGCUCUUUUUCAGUCUCUCGGUCCCAGCUUUGAUGCACUCGUACUGACCUCGCCUUUUGGAUGGUAGCAGGGUGAACAGGCCGUGGCUUGGGUGCCUGAGGUCCUUGGUAAUCUUUUUGGCUCACAUAAUGACUGAACCAUUCACAUAAUGACACUAGACUUUUACUGCUUUUAAACUAGUACUUAAUUUUCACUGCUGUAAGUACAGUGCAAUAAUACUUAAAGAGCUUGUUGCACUGUAUUCAGAGUAAUAAUUACCCAGUAAUAAGGACACACUAAUGUAAGGGUUGAAUGUAAAGUGUUAGCUAAAAUUACAUUAUCUGUGCAGGUCUUUACAUAUAAAACAUACACUUAACCUAAUAACUUGAGCUGUGAUAGUUGUGAUUCUGAAAGCUAGGCAGACAUGUUAACACUUAUCAGGGUGGGAGAGCGAGAUAAAGCAUGUCAGACAUUUCUGUUCCCAGAAAGUUCCAAGAACAUUUGUUAGGUGGCAGAAAAUGUUCUCAUAACACAAAAGCUGUCCAGUCGUGCUGAUGAUUUGUCAAGAGAUUAUUGAAUGUUUGUAUUAAACAUUUGCCUGAUGUUGCAAGAAUGUUCCCAGAUCACAUUUAGCCUGCUCUUUAAAGUUUCCCAGAAUGUUUUAAUAGGUUGUGGGAACAGUCUGGUGGAAACAUUGUGGGGACAUCACAAAAAAUAUGUGAACAAAACACAAGGACAGUCCAGUUGUGCAGAUGAUUACACAAUGUGUCUUUUGGCGGGCAAAAUCAUUCACCUGAUGUUACAACAAUGUUCCCAGAACACAUUUUUUUUAAUGUUCUUUAAAAGUUCCUAGACAUUUCUUUAGGUUGUGGGAACAUUGUGGAGUUCCCAAAAUAAGUUCCCAAAACACUGAAACUGUCCAGUUGUGCUGACAUUCAGAUCAUGUUUGCAACAGGGUGAACAACACACUCCAUUGAUGUUGUAAGAAUGUUGACAGAACAGCCAUUCUGAGUUCUUUAAAGGAUCCCAGAAUAUUUAAUUAGGUUGUGGGAACACAUUACAAGAGAUAAGUUCCCAAAACACAAAAUCUGUCCAAUUGUGAUGACAUUCUUAUACAGUAGUGUUUGUAUCAGGGUGCACAAAACAUUACCUCAAUAUUCUUAGCAUGUUAUUCCUAUGUUCCUUUCAUCUUACUGUCAAGGAAUUUAGUUGUACAACAAUCCAUGUAGAAACACAUAUGCCAAUUAUUUACAAACAUAGUUUGAACCUACUUUUUUAAUUGUAAUUUUCUCCCUUUUUCUCCCCAAUUUAGUGGUAUCCAAUUUGAAUUUACAGUCGUCUCAUCGCUGCAACUCCCGUACAGACUCGGGAGAGGCGAAGGCCUAGAGCCAUGCGUCAUCUGAAACCAAGUCACAAAUACCAAGACCCAACCAAGUCACUUAACCCAGAAGCCAGCCACACCAAUGUGUCAGAGGAAACACCGUACACCUGGUGACCAUGUCAGUGUGCAUGUGCCCGUCCCACCACGCCACGCCACAGGAGUCACUACAGCACAAUGGGACAAGGACAUCACUGCCAGCCAAACCCUCCCCUAACCCGGACAACUGUGCACCGCCCCAUGGGUCUCCCGGUUGCAGCCGGCUGCAACAGAGCCUGGACUCGAACCAGGAUCUCUAGCGGCACAGCUAGCACUGCCAUGCAGUGCCUUAGACCACUGCACCACUAGGGAGGCCCCACUUUUAACCUACUUUGUUGAUAGUCGCAAGCGGGGAUAGAGCCUUGAAACGUUGGAGUGAUAUCCCUUGAGUUAGUCCACCGUGCCACAGGGAUGGGACGCAACACAAAGCUGUUUACACCUUUACUCUGACUCCAGGAUGUGAUCUUUGUCUUUGCAAAAGAGAGAAUAACUAAAUCUAGAAAAAUACGUUCUCUCUAUUAUUUUGUACUCUACCAAUCUUCUUUAUAUACUGUAAACUUGGGAUGUAUUGACUUGUAUUUUACCUACAAACUUGGUAGAGUAAUAAAUAAUAAAAUACACGUAUUUUUCUAGAUUUAGUUAUCCUCUCUUUUGGAUAACCACAUCUUAGAAGUCAGAGUAAAAGCAUAAACAGAUAAAUAUGUGUGUUAGUUCCAUCCCAGUGGUUUCCCAGUGGUUUCAUUCCAAGGAUAACACUCCAAAGCUCCCAGGUUUGAUCUCCGCUUGUGGCUAUCAACAAAUACAGUGAAACUACUGUAUGUUUGUACAAUAAAUGUCAAAUAAAUUGUCAUGUGAUUCCAAAUAAGUGCCAUGUGUGUUUCUACAUGGAUUGUUGUACAACUAACUUCCUCAAUAGUAAGAUAACACACGGAAAAAGAAAACACCAUGGACUGUUCAUAAUGUCAUUUUAUCAUUCUGGGAACAUAGGAAUAACAUUCUAAGAACAUUGAGGGACUGUUUUGUGCACCCUGAUUCAAACAUUGUAAGAAUGUCAUCACAACUGGACAGAUUUUGUGUUUUGGGAACGUAUCUCUUGCAAUGUCCCCACACUGUUCUUACAAACCUAAUGAUGUUUUGUGAACUUUCCUAAUAACAUAAAAAAAUAUGCUCUGUUAAUAUUUUUGCAACAUCAGAGGAAUAUCUUUUCAACCUUAAUGCCAACAUUGUAUAGUCAUCAACACAACUGGUCAGUUUCUAUGUUUUGGAAACAUCUCUUGUGACGUCCCCGAUAUUCUGGGAACCUUUAAAGGACAGACAAAAUGUGUUCUGGGAACGUUCUUGCAACAUCAGCUGAGUGUUUAUAUUACAUUGUAUGAUCAUCAGCACAACUGGAUCGUUUCUGUGUUAUUAGAACAUUCGGAGCUACAUAAUGAAUGUUUUGGGAACAUUCACAGAACCAAUUUUGAUUUGCUGUGGGGUCAAAUUAAGAUCCUAUACCUGGGUAGAUGUCUCGGAUGACAUCUCCAUUAACGUUAGCGCAACGUUCCAAUAAUGUUUUCUCCGAAAAAAAUGUGAUUGAAACCAGACAUGGUUGCUGAAUAAUGUUAAGAGAAUGUUAUUGGAACAAUCAUGUCAUAACGUCACACUAUAACUUUAUGAGAGCAUUGUGGGAAUAUUCCUUGCUUGUUGUUAUCAGUCUUUUUAAUAACAUUUCAAUCAACAUUAGCAGAACGUUCCCGUAAUGUUUUCUCAGAACUAUUUCUAUCGUUCUGACAUUUUGUUGCAGCAGUAUGACCUAAAAACAUUCCUAGUACAUUGUGCUAUUACAUUACCCGAAAACCUACUGAGAAAGUAUGAGGAAUGUUCUGAGGCAGUUGCUCCAAAUGCUGUGCAAAGCAUUUUAGUGAAUGUAAGUGAAUGUAAGGAGAACAUUCUGAAGAUAUUUAAUUGAAAACAUUUUCUGAAGACAAAACAACAACAUUUUGUUAUCAAAAACAUUCUUUGAAUGGUUUAGGAUGUUAUCAUCCUAAUGUUAGAUAAAACCGGGACUGGAACGUAAUGGGGAUCUUAGCAAAUAUUCUGUGAAUGUUUCCGUUUUGCUGUGAUGUGUGUCACAUUGAGCGAGAAAGAGAGAGAAAGAAAGAGGUGGGGAGAGAGAGAAUGAGGAAGUAAAGUUCCAAAGUUACUUGCUGCUUAAUGCUAACAGAGAUCUGUGACAAGAUCACAGAGAGAGACAGAGACAGAGACAGAGAGAGAGAGGUGGUGGCUGUGGUGUACCAUAUUGACAUGGUACAUUUGGGUGAGAAGGUGUUGCUGUCUGUUGACCGUCUUUGACAAGGUCAGCUGUCCGACCCCGCAAAAUACUUUACUUUGAUGUUGACAGAUGGCCCUGCGUUAUGCAUUUGAUUGGAUUAUAACAGUCACGACGUUAUCCCUGUGAAUCACAAGCAGCAGUUGCCAUGGCGCCGGUGGGAGAGGUCAUGGGGUCAUGGGCAGUGUCAGUGUCGAAGUCAUUCUCUCCAGAGGUCGUUGUUUUCUCUCUGCUCUUCCUCCUCCUCUCCAUCAUCCUCCUCACCCUCUGCACUAUCUGUGGAAGGCAAUCCUUUGAGCUCCAGGACGGUGGUGGGAGGGUGGAGAGAACCCAGUCACAGCUGAUGAGAGUGGUGAGAGACAAAACAAGCAACAACAAUGACGACAGCUAUGUCCUGACCAGGGUUACACAGAAGUCAGUAAGAGAGGAGGUAAAGUUGGAGAACACCCUGGCCGCCAGGGAGAACCCCAUGAUCAAUGACAUCAGAAAAAACGAGAGAGAUUUCAGUCCCAUACCUGAAGACAGUGUCCCAGAGCAGCUUCCUGCUGAGCAGGAUGGCAUCAGGAUCAAACCCUGGAGGAGCCACAGGGUGGCGCCAGAUCAGCAAGGUGAUUCUCUAGGUUCCUUGCAGAUUGCCAACGGAACCCCUGUGGCCAUGACGACUAUAUCUCCUUCUCCUCCCACCACCGUCGACAUCGGUGACCUGAGGGAGGUCCUGAACUUCACACCCGAGCUCCGCUCUAUUCCAGCACCUAUAUCCGUGGUGGAAGAUGACAGCAUCCUCGAGUCCGUACCCCCACCUGUCUAUUCAGGGGACACCCUGGACACCCCCAUCAUGAAUGUUCACCACACCCUGGUGCUGGAUGCCCCCUUCGUGGAUUCCCUCAACAUGGACAGCCUUGCAUCUGUGGAUGCCCCCAUUGUGAACAGCCUUGAACCUGUCGAUAUCCCCAUUGUGAAUGACACUGACCCCCUCAAUAUCCCCAUCGUGAACGACCUUGACCUCCUGGAGACCCCUGCAGAAUUCAGCUCCAACUUUAUCGCUCAGCUUGAAAAAGAGGGUCAGGUGGAGGGUGAGGACCAGGGCCCUUCCCUGGGGGUCCGACCCCAGCACACCUAUGAGAUCUUUGGGGAGCUCACACCUGAUGAACCCUCUGUGGAAGUGGACCUGACAACCCCAGGCUAUCAAACCAUAGCUGAACUGGUCCACGAAUCAACCACACAGCCUAACGAUGACACAACCAUGGUCACAAUGCCCUCGGACCUGGCAAGCCCAGACUAUGAGAUUAUAGCUGAACUGGUCCAGAAAUUGAGCGCAACCACACUGCCUGACAAUGAGCCAAUAAAAACUACAGGCACAGACCCGGGGGAGGAUCUUGACCUGACAAGCCCUCUCUCAUUGGUGGAGGAGGUAGAGGAUGGUUUGAGUGACAGGGGGUGGAAUCCAAUGUACGCAAGGGUGAGCAGGAAGCUUAGUAGGUGCCCUACCCCACCCCCUGUGCCUCCGCCAGAGGACGAGGAAGAGGAGGAAUCUUUACCUCCAUUACCGGAAAGAAGUGGAGAGAUGGAGGAAUCGUAGAAUAUCCCUUCAGACUUUUAAAAAGCCCUGCAAAUGUGUGUUAUGUACUCAAUGCUAUUUGUAUUUAUUUGCAGUGCAUUCGGAAAGUAUUCAGACCCCUUGACUUUUUCAACAUUUUGUUACAUUACAGCUUUAUUCUAAAAUGGAUUAAAUAGUUUUUACCCCCUCCUCAAUCUACACACAACACCCCAUAAUGACAAAGCAAAAUCAGGUUUGUAGAAAUGUUUGUAAAUGUAUUAAAAAUAAAAAAUAGAUAUCACAGUUACAUAAGUCUUCAGACUCUUUACUUAGUACUUUGUUGAAGCACCUUUGGCAGUGAUUACAGCCUCGAGUCUUCUUGGGUAUGAAGCUACAAGCUUGGCACACCUGUAUUUGGGAAGUUCCUCCGAUUCUUCUCUGCAGAUCCUCUCAAGCUCUGUCAGGUUAGAUUGGGAACAUCGCUGCACAGCUAUUUUCAGAUCUCUCCAGAGAUGUUCAAUCGGGUUCAAGUCCGGACUCUGGCUGGGCCACUCAAGCACAUUCGGAGACUUGUCCCAAAGCCACACCUGCGUUGUCUUGGCUGUGUGCUUAGGGUCGUUGUCCUGUUGGAAGGUGAACCUUCGCCCCAGUCUGAGGUCCUGAGCACCCUGGAGCAGGUUUUAUAUCAAGGAUCGUUAUGUACUUUUCUCUGUUCAUCAUUCCCUCGAUCCUGACUAGUCUCCCAGUCCCUGCAGCUGAAAAACAUCCCCAAGGUAUGAUGCUACCAGCACCAUGCUUCACCAUAGGGAUGGUGCCGGGUUUCCUCCAGAUGUGACGCUUGGCAUUCAGGUCAAAGAGCUCAAUCUUGGUUUCAUCAGACCAGAGAAUCUUGUUUCUCAUAGUCUGAGAGUCCUUUAGGUGCUUUUUGGCAAACACCAAGUGGGCUGUCAUGUGCCUUUUACUGAGGAGUGGCUUCCGUCUGGCCACUCUACCAUAAUGGCCUCAUUGGUGAUGUGCUGCAGAGAUGGUUGUCCUUCUGGAAGGUUCUCCCAUCUUCACAGAGGAACUAUGGAACUCUGUCAGUGACCAUCGGGUUCUUGGUCACCUCCCUGACCAAGGCCCUUCUCCCCGAUUGUUCAGUUUGGCUGGGCGGCCAGCUCUAGGAAGAGUCUUGGUGGUUCCAAACUUCUUCCAAUUAAGAAUGAUGGAGGCCACUGUGUUCUUAGGGACGUUCAAUGGUGCAGAAAUGUUUUGGUACCCUUCUCCAGAUAUGCCUCGACACAAUCCUGUCUCGGAGCUCUAUGGACAAUUCCUUCGACCUCAUGGCUUGGUUUUUUCUCUGACAUGCACUGUCAACCAUGGGACCUUAUAUAGACACGUGUGUGCUUUUCUAAAUUAUGUCCAAUCAAUUGAAUUUACCACAGGUGUACUCCAAUUAAUUUGCAGAAACAAGGAUGAUCAAUGGAAACAGGAUGCACCUGAGCUCAAUUUUGAGUCUCAUAUUAAAUGGUCUAUAUCUUUAUGUAAAUAAGGUAUUUUUUGUGUGUUUUUUACAUUUGCAAAAACAUCUAAAAAUCUGUUUUGUUUUGUGAUAUUGUGUGUAGAUUGAUAAGGAUUAUUUAAAAAAAAAAUA